ACAGAGGGAAACAGCUAGCCUGGCUCUGUACAAAGGUAACAACAUCUGGCUACAAGCUUUUCUAAAGCUAGCUAGUUAAAGUGUUAUCUUGUUUGUUUUAUUUGUACAAAAAUAAAAUGUACAAAUGUGAUGUUGUAGUUUUAUGGGAGGUUAUGUGUGCAGGCUAGCUGUUUCCCCACGCUUCCAGUCUUUUUGCUAAGCUAAGCUAACCAUUUGCUGGCUGUAGAGGCGUGUCUUUAUGAUAAAUAUGAUGCUAGCUGUCAUUAGCAGACUGUUAGCUUAGCAUAGCACAAAGUCUGUCAGCUAGCCUGGCUCGGUACAGAGGCAACAAAAUCCACCAACCACCACUAUCAAAGUUUUUCAGAUGUUAUACAUAUGAGCUCGGGGCCAUAACUUCCUGGAGUCUCAGCUUGUCGCCUGGCAACCAUCCCUUUGAGAAAAUAGUCCGGUAGGCCUAGGUAGUAAUCCUCCAUUAAAUUAUAUUUUUUUAUUUUAGUAUGAGUGAAACGUUCAUAUUAGUGAACUUUACAGGUGCUGGAAAACAGGUUUAGUUAAAUUUGGACAGUGCCAGGACUAGCUACCUGUUUCCCCAGGUUUUUAUGCUUAAUUAAUCUAGCUAGCGGGCUGCUCGUUGUAGCUUUGCAUUUGCUAAAGCUAGCUAAUAAGCUAACAAACUCUCAAAAAGUGAGUAAGAAUAUUUUCUUACAUGUUUAAUUAUCCUUUUAACAGUUUAGUCCGUUAUCAUUUCGGCCAAAACAAAGCUUCUCUCUUAUUUUUAAAUGCAAUUCUUUAGUCUUAAAACCAUUAAAUGAGGAACCCUUGCUAUCCAAAGCACUUAUUUCUUUCGGGAAAAUCCCCUCAGUCAGUAUCAAUUAGCCUAAACAAGGAGGAUAACCAGCCUUCAGAAAAUUCUAUAAAAGAAAUGGAUAUGAAGCACGUGAAUUAAUGUGAGGACCCUGUUAAACAUCUUUUUCUCUUAACAUUGAUUCAAUGUGACCAUAUGUGUGUUUUUCUCUGAGCGUGUCUUCCAUCUAAAAUUUGGCAGGACGGAGUCGUAUUUCUCCUCCUUCCCCAUCCCAUCCCUUCCUUCCCUUGGUUGCCUACAGCUCUCCGCCCAUCGGAGUAUUGGCAGUGUGUGGCGCACGGCGCGCAGCGUGGACUUGGAGAUGUCUUGGAAGCAUUACGCACGAUGACACGAUAAAUGCGAAAGCCUCCUUUAGAAGGACAGGGCACUGUCAAGCUGAACUGGACUGACUCUCAACUUUUGGUUCGCUUAGCACUUCCUUCGCAGCCUCCUUAAGACGCUUUUCUCAUCCUUUCCUGACGGCGGAUGAAACUCGGAUCUCCCCCUUUGCAGCAGCAGCAGCAGCAGCAGCGGGUCUGGAUGACUUCCCCUCCUGUUAUCCUCGGGUCAGGGUGACUAUUGAGGAAUGGAAACGAUGUAAACAGCUUGGGGAGAAAACAAACUGCAGAGCAACAGUUUUUUUCAAGAGAUCCCAAAAAGAGAGGAUGAUCCCUCCGGUCACCAUGAUUCAGGACGAAAGUGGGGGCAAAGAGGACGAACGGGACCAGAAUGAGACACCCAAAUCCCCGACGGCGAACGCCAGCCAGCAGGAAACCAAGAAUACUGUGAGGCCUGAACAUCACAAGCGCAAGCUGCAGAGACUCAAGCGCUCCUUGUCCUUCAAGACCAAGAGCAUCCGCAGCAAGAGCGCAGACAACUUCUUCCGAACGAGCAGCGACAACAAGACGGAGCUGCUGUCAGACGUGAGCAGCAGCACGGGCCAUCUCUGCAACAUCGGGAUGGCCCCGCCGCACACCACCAACCUCCCCAUUCCUCCAGUCCCUCCGGCCAUCCCCUGCGCUCCUCCUCCCACAUCACGCUCCCAGACACGCAACCCCAUGCAGGUAGACUCGGCAGGACACUGCUUCAUGGAGCACAUCUUUAAGAAGCCCACGUUCUGUGACGUCUGCAACCACAUGAUCGUAGGUACAACAGCCAAGCAUGUGGUGUUCCUGGCAGGAAACACGGCAAAGCAUGGCCUCCGCUGCAAAGCCUGCAAGAUGAGCCUCCACCACAAAUGUGAGAACGGAGUGGGACAGCAACGUUGCAUGGGCAAACUGCCAAAAGGCUUUCGGCGGUACUACAGCUCUCCAUUACUGAUCCAGGAACAGUAUGGCUGCAUCAAAGAAGUCAUGCCCAUCGCUUGUGGCAACAAGGUGGACCCUGUGUAUGAGGCCUUGAGGUUUGGGACGUCACUUGCACAAAAAGCCAAGAGGGCCAGUGGCUCUGAGUCUCCACACAGAAACUCAACGAGUGACUUGGAUAAGGUUCCAGAGGAAGUGGUCGCUCACAGCAGUAGACAGGAGCUGUCGAGAAAACACAGCGAUGACGUUUUCACAGUCAUUGAGAACGGGACAGAGCAUUACCUGCAGCCAGAGAGAAAACCUAAUGAUUCACAGUUGGAGCAGAGCCAGCUACAGAAAGAUGUCCUCAAGCUCAACACAUAUGUGGCCUUGUUCAGCUUCACGCCUCAAGACAGCCAUGACCUGGAGAUGAAUGCGGGAGACAGAAUCUUAUUGGCUGAUGACUCCAAUGAGGACUGGUGGAAGGGGGUAAUUGAGGACAGGAUCGGCUUCUUCCCAGCAGCCUAUGCUCAUCAGGUGCGAUCUGAUGACCAAGUGUUCAGAUGCAACAGGACGUUCAUCGGCUGUAAGGAGCAAGGCCAGAUCACCCUGAAGGAGGGACAGAUCUGUGUGAGCAGCGAGGGCGAACGCAGCGGCUUCAUCAGAGUGGCGAGCGGAAAGAAGAGAGGCUUCGUGCCCUGCGACGUUCUGGAAAUCAUCUGAGACGAACACUCAGAGAAAUGAAGAGAGACAGACAGAGGGAGGGAGGUGGGCUCAGCCGCCUGGAGGUCAGAGGAGGGGGAAACUGAACCUGCAAAAUGGCUGCAAGGAACCAGUGAGGAAGUUGCCUCAUCAGAAAUUUGGAGUUUGGACGCAUAAGUGAUGCUGGGCGUGGACUUCACUUUGUUGCAGGUCAGAGUCUCUGUACCUUCUUCACUCUCCUCGCAGCACAAAGACAGACACUGAGAUGACGGGCCAUUUGUUGUUCACAGGGAGACAGGAGAUCACUGUUUCACUGGAUUUGAUUUAAUUUAUAAAGCUGAUUUGUGUGUUCUUUUUCUUCCCUUUACUUUUAUCCUGCUACAAGCUGUUUGUUUUAUAAAAGUGAAACUGCCGCUGGGCUGUUUAAGCCAAAGAAAAGGAAACAAACACUUACUACAAUGAUUAUUUUUCAAGGUUUCAGCACAUACAGUACAAUGGCAUUCCUCUUAUACAUAAUUUAGUUUCUCAUGCUUUUACAUUUUGUUCCAAGCUUAAGUUGAGCUUUUACUGCAAAGUAGUUUGCAAUAGACUCCGAUAUGUCCUUGAUGUCACAAGGUGAUGGAAUACUUGAGUCGGAAUAAACAGCAUAUACAAUAAAAUGAGAACAUUUACCUUC